ACCUUGAACAAGAUGUUUCAACAUGGACUUCACGGAAGAUGGCGCCUGAUAUGUUUGGAACUACUUCUCGGCGAGGCUGUGCUAUUCGAAUGGCUAGAAUCGGUCACUUUCGGUCCAAAAGCACAAUGUCCGCCAGGUAGCGGAAGGAUCAGAGUCAGUCCACAGUGCAGCAAUGCCUGCCUAAAGAGUCAAACUAGGAUUCCAAGGAUCAUGGGCAGUUGCUUUGCAUCCGAGGCAAUGGCUCUAUGCUAAUACAACCGGCGGGAGGAUCCUUUGAAUCAGGCCUCCAUAGUCGGACCAUCCCGCCUUGCUGGCGAGAAAGCUUAGCUUCUGCACAUGCCGUGUACGCGUUCAUCUCGCUUAUCCUUGCUAAGGCAUACUCCAAGGUUGAAAGCAUAACCCUUGUAAGAUGCAAGAUCCUUCGGCAUGGCUGCAACAGUCAGCAUAGGCUAAAGAUGCCGCCGCACACCAUGUUCC